AUGAGAGGUGAUAACAUCCAUGGCCAGGGGCGGAUCCAGGCAGCCCCUUGCGCUUUCAAUGUCGGUAAUCAGACUUCGACCAUUGAGACUCUAACUGGAACCAAUUUUAAAAGAUGGAAAGAAGAUAUUGAAAUUCAACUGGGUUUGAUGGAUCUUGACAUAGCCUUACAUGAGAAUGAGCCUCCUAAGCCAACUGUGAGGAGUUCCAUUGAAGAGAAAGCUAGGUAUGAAAAAUGGGGAAGGGCGAAUCGUUUGAGUUUGAUGAUAAUGAAAAGGUCUAUUUCCCAUACUCUUAUUGGUGCCAUAUCUAAGACAGAAAAUGCUAAGAAAUUCUUUGAUGAUAUAGCUGAAAAAUACAAAUCGUCUGAAAAAGCAGAUGCUGGAGAACUUAUGAAUAUGUUGACAUGA